CGCCUCCGCUCGUCCAGCGCCUGUGCCCCCGCACCGCCGCGAUGCAGGCAGCGACCGGCAUCAACCAGAGCGCAGCGGCUGCCCCGCGGCUGCCGGCCGCGGCUGGCGGCGGCGGCAACGCCUCGCUGGAGCUGUCGUCGCGACCCCCCGCGCCCGCUGCCCUCAACCCCUGGGAUGUGAUGCUCUGCGUCUCCGGCACGGCCAUCGCCUGCGAGAACGCCCUGGUCGUGGCCAUCAUCUGCUACUCGCCUGCCCUGCGCACCCCCAUGUUCGUGCUGGUGGGCAGCCUGGCCACGGCUGACCUCCUGGCCGGGCUCGGCCUCAUCCUCAACUUCGUUUUCCAGUACGUGAUCCGCUCCGAGACGGUCAGCCUGCUGACGGUGGGCUUCCUCGUCGCCUCCUUCGCCGCCUCCGUGAGUAGCUUGCUAGCCAUCACGGUGGAUCGCUACCUCUCCCUCUACAACGCCCUCACCUACUACUCGGAGAGGACGGUGCUCUGCAUCCACACCAUGCUGGCGGGUGCCUGGGGGGUGUCCCUCUGCCUGGGGCUGCUCCCCGUCCUGGGCUGGAACUGCCUCCAUGACCACGCCGCCUGUAGCGUCGUCAGACCCUUGACCAAGAGCAAUGUGACGCUGCUGUCCGCCUCUUUUUUCCUCAUUUUCCUCAUCAUGCUCCAUCUCUACAUUGAGAUCUGCAAGAUCGUUUGCAGGCAUGCCCACCAGAUAGCUCUCCAGCAGCACUUUCUGACUGCUUCACACUAUGUGGCCACCAAAAAGGGAGUCUCUACCCUCGCUAUAAUCCUCGGGACUUUUGGAGCCAGCUGGCUGCCUUUUGCCAUCUACUGUGUAGUGGGGGAUCCUGACUACCCUUCCGUCUACACCUACGCCACGCUUCUCCCUGCCACCUACAACUCCAUGAUCAACCCCAUCAUUUACGCCUACAGGAACCAGGAAAUCCAGAGGUCCAUGUGGGUGCUCUUCUGCGGCUGCUUUCAGGCUAAAGUGUCCUUCCGCUCCCGGUCCCCCAGCGAUGUCUGAGUGACUUUUCUCUCUGUCGUCCCACCCCGAGUGACAAUCUUGCCCAGUGCCUGUCCUAAACUUCAAACUACAUCGUGAGGUCGCGGGGAAACACGCUUCAGUCAUUAGCACUUUACACGUGUCGGUAUCUCCGGGCGUGGUCCGGGGUCCGGAGUUCCGGGGCGCCGUGGCAAGCCCCCGAGGCGUUUGUAAAUACGUUUGCACCCCACACGUUUGUCCAGUGACGACAUUCCGACGCCGCUUCGUUCUAGCACCUUAUUUCUAGCUGCUGACCUGCCAAAACAGUGUUGCCUUCCUGAAAGGGCGCGGGGAGAAAGAAAGUUGUGUUUGUGUCGUGUUUGUAGGUGCGUGUGCUGG